AUGUUAGGUCAAGGAAAGAUUACGAGAAGUCAAUUGGCUUUUAGUGCCUCUCUUAAUAAUUUCGCAAUCAUGAGUGGCAUACGCUUUCUCGAUCUCAUCAAGCCGUUCGUGCCAAUCCUCCCAGAGGUGGCGAGCCCCGAACGCAAAACACCGUUUAGGCAGCGUAUGAUGUGGACUGGGUUGACGUUGCUCAUUUUCCUAGUAAUGAGCCAAAUGCCAUUAUACGGAAUUGUGUCCUCGGAUACAUCUGAUCCCUUGUACUGGCUCAGAAUGAUGUUGGCCAGUAAUCGUGGAACUUUGAUGGAGUUGGGAAUAUCCCCUAUUAUAUCUUCUGGCAUGGUUUUCCAGCUUCUCGCUGGCACUCACUUGAUUGAUGUUAACCUCGAUCUUAAAUCUGAUCGCGAGCUCUACCAAACUGCUCAAAAAUUGUUCGCCAUUAUCCUCUCUCUUGGACAGGCCACUGUUUAUGUUUUGACCGGUCUCUAUGGACAGCCCAGUGAUCUUGGUGCCGGUGUUUGCCUCCUUCUUGUGCUUCAACUUGUUGUCGCCGGUCUCAUUGUUAUCCUCCUUGACGAGCUUCUCCAGAAGGGUUAUGGGUUGGGGUCUGGAAUCUCGUUGUUCAUUGCUACUAAUAUCUGCGAAAGCAUCAUCUGGAAGGCAUUCUCCCCUACCACUGUCAACACUGGCCGCGGUCCCGAAUUCGAGGGCGCCGUUAUUGCCUUGUUCCAUCUGCUUUUGACCUGGGAUAACAAGCAACGUGCCCUUCGUGAGGCUUUCUACAGGCAGAAUCUUCCCAAUGUCAUGAAUCUUUUGGCCACUCUUGUCAUUUUCGCCUCAGUCAUCUACCUCCAAGGUUUCCGUGUCGAGAUCCCUGUCAAGUCUAGCCGUUACCGUGGAACCCGGGGUACUUACCCAGUUCGCCUCUUCUACACUAGCAACAUGCCUAUCAUGCUACAGUCUGCGUUGAGCUCCAACGUUUUCCUCGUCUCCCAGAUGUUGUACAAUCGUCUCCCGGAUAAUUUGUUGGUUCGUCUCCUCGGUGUUUGGGAGCCAAAGGAGGGUUCUGCUCAGCUCUACGCCGUCUCUGGCAUCUCAUACUACAUGUCUCCUCCUCUUAACUUUACCGAUGCUCUCUUGGAUCCCUUACACACCGCAUUCUACAUCCUCUUUAUGCUCACUGCCUGUGCCAUGUUCUCCAAGACCUGGAUUGAGGUUUCUGGCUCCAGCCCCCGCGAUGUUGCUAAGCAGCUCAAGGAACAAGGUCUCGUUAUGGCUGGCCACCGUGAACAGAGUAUGUACAAGGAAUUGAAGAGGGUUAUCCCAGUUGCCGCUGCUUUCGGCGGUGCUUGCAUUGGUGCUUUGUCUGUUGCCUCUGAUCUCUUGGGAGCUCUUGGAUCCGGAACUGGUAUCCUGUUGGCUGUCACUAUCAUCUACGGAUACUUCGAAAUUGCUGCUAAAGAAGGUGACAUGUCUGGCCUUGGGCAGUUCAUUUCAUAAAAAAAAAGGCAAUUUGAUUUACUUUUCGGGAUUGUUAUAACCAAAAGGUUGUCUUUUUUCUUUUCUUUUUUCCCUUCACUUUCUUAUGCUUCUUGUAUAAGAUAUCUUCUCUAGAUCUGCCAUUUUACGGGGGUUCUGGGAUGGGAUGGAAUCGGGUGGUGGGAGGGUGGGAGUGGUGGCAAAUAUCUACAAGAAGUCUCAGAAUACGACUUUUUUUUGAAUUGCAACGAGUUAUGGGUGUGAUGGGUAUUUAAAUAGAUUCCGGACAAACCAUCGGAUGAGCUGUGGUAUCCUUGCAGAUUGCAAUGUAGGUUUUGUUGCGGUUAUGGACUGGUGUAUUGGUGCUGGGUUGCCGUUUUGUUAAUUGAUUGUGUUUUAUUCAUAA